CAGACAGAUUGUGUCGGGCAGGCUUUGCUUUAAGAGCCAGCUCACAUUUCACUAAAUUUUCGGCACAUUUCGGCACAUUUGAAAAAAUUUACACAAACUCUAACAAAAACACCAUACAAAAUGCCAAAUAUUGGUGGAAACGAGCGUCCAAUGGCCAUGACAACAAUCGAUGAUAUUGCCUCUGAGCUAGAGCGAACUCAUUUGUCUCGUGCUCCUGAGCUACUGCGGCACUUGGAGACCAUUCACGAGCCGGAAAACGAAAUGGGCCGCUGGAAUGGUAAACGCCUCAAGGAAUCCACCGAUGAUGAUAUGGGCAAAUAAACUAAGAAAUACCGAAUUCCGUAUUUCGAAUUGCAUGUCAUAACACAAUAGAAACAUGCUAAAUGCAACACCUGCCCGCGAAGGUGUUCACCUGGCAAAAUAAUGAACAUUCACUAAAAGGUUUCCCACAUACUCUGCAGAAAAACAAACAAACCCAAACGCAAACCCAAACCCAAACCCAUACCCAAAACCCAGAAAUGGAACAUGCAACAUACAACAUUUAAGGGUUAAACUUGAGUUGUGCUUAAAAACAUAAACAAAUUGUGACAAAGUUACGGAAAUUUAAUUAAAAUCAAAUACUCCAAACACACACAACAACAAGAACAAAUGAGGGUAGCAAAUUGGCAGUCAGGUGUGACUCGGAUAGUUUACUCUAAUGUACAUAUAGUUACCUGUGUAUCCAACUAACAUGGUUUUCCGGGUGCCUGCUAUGAAUUUGGCUGACUGACUGACUAACUGAAUGACUGUCGCCUAGUUUGCCGCGUCGUUUAAUAAACAAAAUGCAAACAAAGUUUAACAGCAAUGACACACACACACACACACAGACUCGCACACCCACUCCAACUCUUUUGUUGGUAUUAUUGUUGUUGGUUUUUAUUAAUAUAAUUUAUGAGCCCGUGUGGUUGUAAGGUGGAAA